GGUGGAAAGGGUGGUGCUAGAAGCGGAAGUGUGUCUCGGCUGAUCUCUCGCUGUCAUUCGGCCACGGUCGGUUCCAGGAGAGAGGGGCAGCCAAGAAGCAUACAGGAAUCGGCUGGCUCUGUAGGAAAAGACAGUUAGCGAGAAAAAAUAUACUGAAAUCAAACGAACAAUGAAACCGAUCGAAUAAGGCUUGUGGAAGAACAGCUGCCGGAUAUAUUUCACGCGUUGCCACGUUAACAAAGCUCUUUGAUUAUAACGUUACAGUCCAGAUUAGAGGCAGCAGAUAGAGAGCUGUGUCAUUGAGCAGGCAGGACACGUCAGGAGAAGGGAGAAAAAAAAGCUGACCGACUGCACUGUACGAGUCAGCUAUCAAAUCGCCUCCGAAAAGCUUUGCCUGACGUGCUGAUUUUUUCAAGGACACAACCUUGCUCUCAACCCGAGGGAAGGAUCUCGACAAAGACAUCGCCGAGGUCGAAGGUGGUGAUCAGAAGGACCAAACGAUCACGGGAUAGAAUUUGUGUGUGGGGGGAGAAAACAAAUGGGGGAUUACGGGUUUGGAGUCCUAGUUCAAAACAACACUGGCAACAAGUCUGCAUUCCCGGUCCGAAUCCACCCGCAUCUGCAGCCCCCACACCACCACCAAAAUGUGUCGCAGAGCCCUGCUGCUUUCAUAAACAGCACCACAGCCGCAGGGAAUGGCACCACGGGAGGCUCUCCCUGGCUCUUCCCCCCCUCUGCCACCCACAACAGCGUGCAAGACGAAAUCCUUGGGGGCCCAGAGAAGCCCAAAGCACAGCAGCAACAGGAAAUGCAAGAAACGCAAGAAAAGCAGCAGCAGAUGUCCCCUGGGAGUCACCAGGAGGGUGGAAGUGGUGGUGGGAUCAUUUCAGAACUGGAAAAAGCCCGGUCAGAGGACGCCAAGACGGACAGCGGCGUGUCUGAAGGAAGUAAUGGAAAGGAGAAGCAACUACGUCUUGAGUCUCCUGUCCUGACGGGUUUUGAUUACCAAGAGACAUCUGGUCUUGGGGGAACUGGCCCGGUCCAGUCCAGUACAACCUCGUCAUCCCUCACUGGCUUCAACAACUGGUCAGCUGCCAUUCCGCCGGCACCAUCAACCAUCAUCAAUGAGGACGUCAGCUUCUUCAACCCGGCCUCUGCCAACAAUGGGCCCCUACUGUUCCAGAACUUCUCACACCAUGUCAGUCCCGGGUUUGGUGGGAACUUCUCCCCCCAGAUCGGACCGGCGGCGGCCUUGUCCCAGCACCACCCGGCUCCCCCACCACACCCCCACUUUCAACACCCCCACAACCAACACCAGCAGCAUCGGCGCUCCCCGGCCUCUCCACACCCUCCACCGCCCUUUCCGCACAGGAAUCCGGCUUUCAGCCAGUUGCCGCAUUUGUCCAACAGCCUGAACAAGCCCCCUUCCCCCUGGGGUCCAGCCAGCUACCAGAGCCCCUCUCCCUCCCCCGGCUCCUCCACCUCCUGGAGUCCUGGAGGAGGUUAUGGUAGUGGUGGCGGCGGCUGGGGAGGGUCUCAGGGCAGAGAUUAUCGCCGAGGGCUGAACGGGGGGAUGACCCCCAUCAACUCUAUCUCUCCACUGAAAAAGACCUUCCCUAACAACCAUGUGGCUUCUCAGAAGUACCCCCGAAACAGCCCUGCCGGCUUUAACCCCAAGUCUUGGAUGGAUGAUGGAGUCGGGCGCAGUGAUAACAUCUUCCCCUUUCAGGAACGCACCAGGUCCUUUGACAGCUUCAACAUGAACACGCUGGAGAGCUCCCUGAUCGACAUCAUGAGGGCUGAGCAGGACACCCUGAAAGGUCGCCUGGGAUUCCCCCAUCCAGGAGGGGACAACCCUCUGCCCCUCAAUGGCCACUCCUCUCUCUUCCCCAUGGAGGAUGGUUUCCCUGACGAUGAGCGUGGCGAUCAGGGUCUCGCGGGCCUUGGCUCUCCACACUGCUUUCCACACCAGAACGGAGAUCGCGUCGAACGCUACUCACGCAAGGUCUUCGUGGGAGGACUGCCCCCGGACAUAGAUGAAGAUGAGAUAACAGCCAGUUUCCGGCGUUUUGGACACCUGUUUGUGGACUGGCCUCACAAAGCGGAAAGCAAAUCCUAUUUUCCCCCCAAAGGCUACGCGUUCCUGCUGUUCCAGGAUGAGAGCUCAGUGCAGGCUCUGAUCGAUGCCUGCAUCGAAGAGGACGGCAAGCUGUACCUCUGUGUCUCCAGCCCUACCAUCAAAGACAAGCCGGUCCAGAUCCGCCCCUGGAACCUGAAUGACAGUGAUUUUGUGAUGGAUGGAUCUCAGCCUCUGGACCCAAGGAAAACCAUCUUUGUUGGAGGUGUCCCUCGUCCGCUCCGUGCCGUGGAGCUGGCCAUGAUCAUGGACCGCCUGUAUGGCGGAGUUUGCUACGCUGGCAUCGACACAGACCCUGAGCUGAAGUACCCCAAGGGAGCGGGGCGGGUCGCCUUCUCUAAUCAGCAGAGCUACAUUGCUGCUAUCAGUGCUCGCUUUGUACAGCUGCAGCAUGGAGAAAUCGAUAAACGGGUGGAAGUGAAGCCAUACGUGCUGGAUGACCAGCUGUGCGAUGAGUGCCAGGGAACUCGUUGCGGUGGGAAGUUUGCGCCGUUCUUCUGCGCCAACGUCACCUGUCUACAGUAUUACUGCGAGUACUGCUGGGCGGCCAUCCACUCGCGCGCCGGACGAGAGUUUCACAAACCCCUGGUGAAGGAGGGGGGCGACCGACCCCGUCACAUCUCCUUCCGCUGGAACUGAGCGGCCGACAAGAGAGGGAGAGGCAACAGGGGAGCAGGAGGGCAGGUAGUGCAGGAGUCGCAAAUCAUUGUACAAAUAAAUGCACUUUUCUGUUGCUGGUUCCUUUUUGCUCUAAUUUCACUGAACCUUUUUCCUCAUUUUUAUUAAGUUAAUAUAUAUCUAUAUUUUGAAGAUAGAAAAGAAAAACUGGAAUUAUAUCCAAAUAUGUCCAGCAAGGAAAAAGAUGUGUAACAUAAUUUUAUUUAUGCGUUUGAUUUUUGAAAUAUUUUUAUGAGUUCUCAAAAAAUACAUAUAUAGGAAAGUUUGAGGUGUGAUAUGGUACUCUGCUAUUCAAUUGGCAUAUUUUUCUAAACAAUGUAUCUGAUUUUAAUUUUGAUACAAGAGGCCCCAAAACAAAUACACUUCAUUUGACAUUUGAUUGACUUUUUUUGUAGCAGAGCUAUUGCUUUUUAUUUAGUAUCGAGUCUCCGGAGCAAAAUGCUGUUGGGACAGUAUAUCAUCGGCUUUUUGUUUCUGAGAGGUGUGAUUACGUUUUCUAUUGAUACAAGAGGCUCCAGAGCAAAUGUGAAUUGAAAAAGGUGUUGCUGAAGAAGAGUGCAAUUAUUUCCAAUUUAAAGAGUGCAGAUCCCGGUAUACGAGACCCUUAGCAGUUAACCAAAGCUGAAUCUCAAUUAACUUUGAAGAACAGAGAGGGCCCACUGCAGAACGAAAUGGAUUAUUUUCCCUCCCAUAUCAAAAUGUUUGAACCUCUCUUUUUUUUAUGAUUUCCCAGAUCAUACAAAUAUUUUGAUGUUACUUGAAAACCACAACAAAAUUUUUAGCAACACAUAUUUGAUCUCCAUUUUGACAUGCAAAAACUAAUACCUCAAACUCAGCUGCUAAUGUGCCGAAUACAGUUUAAAAAAAAAAAAAGAAAGAAAGCAAGCAAGAAAGAAAACAUCAUCACCCGCUGGUGUUCUCCUUUCCUUAGAACGAUAAUCAAAGGGAAGUGAUGCAACAGGCAGAGUGUGAUGUGACUGGCACAGUUUUGUACUCACUUGCUUCAUCACCUCCUUAUUUUUGUAAUCAAACCCAGGGUUGUGCUAGGGACAGAGCAGAGCAACGUACAAUAUACAGCGUAUUAGGGGAAUGUAUGGCGUAGAGGCUACAGGAGAGACAGACAGGCUUACUGGCAAAGAGCUAAAGUUCAGCCCCACUCCCCCCUCCUCAUGUCUGCCUGCGGCCUCUGCUGCUACGCUAGCAGCUAACAGAGGAUAGGGCCUUGUUCAUGGAUCCAAACCUGCUUUAUGUGUCUGUACACAGUUGGGGGAUCCAGGUCUUUCAGGACUGAGGUUAACGUAACUAAGAGAGAGAGAGAGAGAGAGAAGGCUGGUCAAGUGGCCACCCUUUUUAUUGCAGUUUUUACGGGCCUACCACCAAACGGGGAAGCUAGCCUGUCUUUGUUCGAUUUUCUUUAAAAAAUGCAUUUGUGCAAUUCUCCCAAGUCUUUAAUGAAAAAAAAAAGUUCUACUUGCAUCCACGAGUCAGCUACAUUUAAUGAAAGAAGCAAUUAAAGUUUAUCUGAUUUCCGAAUCGUCAGCACACAUUUGAGUCAUGGAGGGAUCUGCCCUUUCGGCGAACCCUUUAUCCUUUCUCCUGCCAAGCUAAUCCAACUCAGCAUCCAGUGUUUUUGAAGCAUAAAUGAAGAUAGUCUCUGCAGUGUGCUCUACUACUACACACUUGUGACCCACAUGCAGUUUGCUCUUGAUAACAGCCGGUUGUACCCAGUUUUGGGAGCCAAAGAUGGCUGUGCGGUAGUGGGUCAUACUGUAGCUCAUUUCUUGUUUAGGUUUUUAUUCUUGUUUUCUUUCUCAUUUCUUCAAGGACGUUUUUCAUAUAAUUUUAAAAAAAAAUCUGUCACUUCUGCCCAGUUUUGCUUAACUGUCAAGCCCAGCAAACCAAAGAUUGGCCUUGAGCAUAAUAUAUUUAUAUAUAUAUAUAUUUGACAGUGCAGUCAAAACCUAUUAGAACACCAGUGGAAAAACAACAGACACACACACACGCCCACACACACACUCAUACACACACACACACACACACACACACACACACAAGGCCUCACACUCUCCAUAGCUCAAAAUGGAGGUGCACGCUGGUAGGCACUAGAUCUUUUUAUCUCAAAUAGGUCUGCGUGUUUGAGAAAAAUUCAACAUAAAGUGCACAUUCACACAGCAAAAGUUAAACUAACCCUCACAUUCGUUUGACAUUUUUAAGUUACUCAGUGGUAACCUACUAGCGGAAUAAAUAUGUCAGGGAGUUAGUACAGAAACUUGAUUAUACACACUAGUGAGAAACGUAUCCUCAUAUCGGCGUGGUGUCGCUGCACCAGUUUUGCACCCUGGACAUUAGUUUUGUGGGUGUGGUGGGUGAGCAUUUUAGAAGUUAAAACACUUUGUGAAGAAUUUGCUGUUAAAUGAGAUGAAAAAAAAAGAUUAUUUUAUACAUGGCCUGCUGAUUUUUGGUACAGUGUUUUCUAGCUAAAUUAUUUUGUCAUGCACAUAUAAACAUUUAUUAUGCACUACUUUUCUAAAUAUUUUUUCUUUUUCCAACAGUCAUUUUAGGCACAUUUUUCACAAAUGGGGAAACUCCUUUUUGCAAUACCUCAAUUUUUCACAUUGUGAAAGGUAGCUUUUGUACUUUUGUUACUGAGAGAUCUGCAUAUAUGGAAAUGUUCAUUUUAAGAAAAAAAAGUUGAGUGAUUUCAAUAUAUAUUAUUUUCAAUUAUGCUUUUUAUACAUUUCAGUGCUGAGGAAACUUUACAACUAAGUGCGCACUUGUGUUGAUGCGACUUCAGAUCUGCAGAGGAGAGACCAAAGUGUAUUGCUCUCUUGGUCUUAGCUUAGCUUUUCGUACACUAGAUGUUUCCAGUCAAUCUGGUCAAUAACAGCAUGGCGAGAAUAAAAAAAAAAAAACCAAGUUGUAAUUUGAAAUCGAUGUUAAUGUCUCUAAACAUGGCUAUACUAGUUGGAAAAUGGUAACUUCUGUCUUGGUUUCCUCUCCAUAGAUGGAGCAUAACUUAUUAUAAGGAGAAUGCAAAAUUUGGUUCACGCUUAACGCUGAAUCUCGUAUCACAAGAAUGGAUGUUUGGUGUUUAGAUAUUUUAAUAUUUGAAAAAAAAAGUAUAUAUAUAUUCUUGAACUUGCCAACUAGCACCUAUUGUAAUCCUUAGCAUGCAUGACAAAAAAAGAGAAAAUGACAAGUACAUGAAUUAGUUAUUAAAAAUUAAUUGUUGUGGUGUGCACCAAAUGUUUCUCAACUAUUAAGUUGUUAAGGACACCCCAAACCCACUCUCACCUCACCCCCCUCCCCUCUCCCCACGUGUUGAUCUCCUCGCUUCCCCAUUCGCAGACCUCUGCAGGAUGCACAUAAGAGAAAGAGAGAGAGAUUAGACGAGAAACAAGACAGAAACAAACUUUUAAAUCGAUUUGGCAGUGCAGGACUUUGAGCAUCUUUAUAGAACACUGUUUAAAAGACUUGAGAACUCAUCCCCGCUGUCUGUCGAGGUGAUCUUCUAUAGACCUAUCUGGAGGAAGGGGAGCUUAAAGACUUGAAUGUGGUAAAUGUUGCAAGUUAACUUCAAGUUGUUAUGUGCAAUACUUCUUUUGAACCUUUUUCCAGAUAAAGACUCUUUGCAAUGUAAUUCUUUAAUGCCAUUUUUAAUUGCAGACAUUUAAUUAAAGAAGAUGUUAAUAUGUUUUUCACAGUCAUUUUCUACUGUUAUUGUAAUCCUUUUCAUGCUGGUGUUUGUAAAAAAGAAAAGAAAUCAAACUAUUUGUACUAAUAUAAAUAAUUGAAGUUAUUUUUAAAACAUUAAAGGUUUUGUGCUCAUUUGCUUAUUUUGUUUAUUUUAAGCUACUGUGAUUGAUUGCAUUGUAAUUAUUAGGUCAACAAUGUAUUUAGCUGUUUAUUGGUAUAUUUUUAAUUGGAAUGUAUAAUUGAUUUUUAUAAUUUUGAUCAGAUUUUUGUUAUAUUUUUGAGGUGAAGCUUUUAAUAUGUUAAAGUGUCUAGUUUUUACUAAUUGCUAUAUUGUGCUCCACAAUAUAUGGUUCACAUUUUCUGAAGGAAAAUAAAUAUUUAAAUAUUUGUCUGUUAAUGAUGUUACUUAAUGGCAAGAUUUCAAUAGUUUUUAACUGUGUAUGGGAAGGUUGUUGUAUUUAUUAAUAGCAUUUUUUUACUUAAGAUAUCACCUUAAUUUUUAUUGUCAUUUCACUUUAUAAGUUCCUAUUUUUGUAUUUUCCUUUCUAAUUAAGUUAUGUAAUACGGAUAUGUCCAUAUUUCUAGGAGUUGGUCUGUAGAAGUGCUAGUGAAACGAAAAAGAUAAAAUCUAAUGUUAUUUAAUUGUUUGCAGCCAACUAUUUAUAACAGUAUGCAUAAUUUUUAAAUAUUUGUAAUGUGAAAUGUUGAAUGAAAUAAAUCUUAACUGUGAUGAAAA